GGAAUGCCAUCGCCCUCAGCCGUGUUUUCACUGAUCUUUACUAGUAAGAGGCCUGGAGGUGUAUACUUUGAAAGCUGUGCUGUUAAUGAAGCUUCUUUUCCAGACUAUAAAGUCUGCAUGAAGGAUUUGAUGUCAGGGGAAGCCAACGGAUCCGAGAGGUUGCAAAAGACAAAAGGCUGUAAAGGUCCCACCUCUAAAAUCAUGUUGGUGUCGAGCGUGGUUGUCUUGUGCCUAUUGGGCAGCGUGAGCGCAGACAAGCCCCUCAGCAGCCAUGCCACCAUGUUGGCAGACAACAGUGCCAAUUUGGCCUUCAACCUGUACCAGAACAUGGCCAAGGAGAAGGACGUCGAGAACAUCCUGAUUUCGCCCGUGGUAGUGGCCUCCUCGCUGGGUUUGGUGGCUCUGGGAGGGAAAUCCAACACCGCUUCUCAGGUCAAAACCGUCCUGAGCGCCACCGCGGUGAAGGACGAGCUGCUCCACUCCGGCCUGUCGGAGCUUCUCACCGAGGUCAGCAACUCCACGGCGCGUAACGUCACCUGGAAGAUCAGCAACCGUUUCUACGGGCCCAGCUCUGUCAGCUUCGUCGACGGCUUUCUGAAGAGCAGCCGGAAGCAUUACAACUACGACCACUCCAAGAUAAACUUCCGUGACAAGCGCAGCGCGGUCAAAGCCAUCAACGACUGGGCCUCGAAGUCCACCGACGGAAAGCUGCCUGAAGUGACCAAAGAUGUGGAGAAGACGGACGGAGCCAUGAUCAUCAACGCCAUGUUUUAUAAACCACACUGGGAUGAGCAGUUCCAUCAUAAGAUGGUGGACAAUCGUGGUUUCUUAGUGCAUCGCUCCUUCACCGUCUCCGUACCCAUGAUGCAUCGCACAGGCAUUUAUGGCUUCUUUGACGACACAAGCAACAAGCUUUUAGUUCUGAACAUGCCGCUGGCCCAUAAGAUGUCAUCUGUGGUGUUCAUCAUGCCGUACCACGUAGAAGCCCUGGAAAGAGUGGAGAAACUGUUAACACGGCAACAACUGGACACCUGGAUGGGUAAGAUGGAGCAGAGGGCGGUUGCGGUGUCGCUGCCAAAGGUCAGCAUGGAGGUCAGCCACAACCUGCAGAAAAAUCUUGCUGAGCUGGGUCUGACCGAGGCUGUGGACAAAGCCAAAGCAGAUCUGUCCAACAUCUCAGGGAAGAAAGACCUCUACCUGUCCAACGUGUUCCACGCGUCCGCCAUGGAGUGGGACACCGAGGGAAAUCCACCCGACGCGAGCAUCUUCGGGACCGACAAGCUCAAAAACCCCAAACUCUUCUACGCUGACCAUCCCUUCGUCUUCCUGGUGAAGGACAACAAGACAAACUCCAUCCUUUUCAUGGGCAGACUGGUCCGACCGAAGGGUGAAAAAAUGAGGGAUGAAUUGUAGGAUGUUAAUUUAAAUGUGAGUGUGUGUGUGUGAGCAGAUUUGUGAAUGUGUGUAAAUGGUACACUUGAGUUCGUUCCAUUAGAUCAGUGGACCAGCAUGUGCUAUCCGUUGCGUUUACAUUGAAAAUUGAGUUUUAGGUGCCACGUAAUGUUUUAUGUUAUAAACUAAGUUUAUAAACAUAAAACAUAGGUUUCUGAGAAGUGCAGCAUGCUUAUAUUAAGUAUGAUCUCUAUAAAAUUAGCUUUAAAUCCACACGAACAGCAUUUUUGCUCAGGGGGUUCUCUUUUUUUAUUUGCAUUUCGCCGGCUUGAGCGAAGAUCUCACCGUGCCGAGUGUUUGAUAUCCGAAAAAGUCCACUCCAGUCCAUGCUGUAACAUUCCUCUCAGAAGUGCACACUUGUGUCUGCACUGAAUACUGAGUCCACGUCUGUACCAGGUUGCAGAUUGUAUUCACAUUGUACCAAAACACGGAUGUCUGAAAAGUUGGAUUGUUCCUUGAUUUUUCAAUAAAACCAGCAUCACGGAGAA